GAUUUCUAUGAACUAAACCCUCCAGUGUUACUCACUGAGUCUCAUCAUUAUGCUUUAUCCGAUUAUUUAUGCUGGCAAAUUGAACACCAGACACCAAUCUCCAUAAACACCUCAAAAGUGAUUUUGUGAUAUUUAAGAGCGUUUUUAUUUAGAGGCGGCGCUUGUUGGCAACAGAGUAACGUCGCAACGACACUUUUUUUCAGUCCCAGUAAAAGAGUUUGAGCAGGAACAGAGUUGUGUAUGUAGCAGGGGGGGUCCGGCUGCAUCUGGGGGGUUGACUGCUGAUUUUCAGCACAUUUAUUUUUAUUUAUUUUUUCUAUUUUAUUUUCCUUACUUCGAGCUAUCCAUUGCACGCCGAUAUAUCUGGACGUACAGAUCUUCGUAUAGACCAUGAACAAACUCUAUGUGGGGAAUCUGAGUCCUUCGGUGACCGUGGAGGACCUGAAGCAGCUCUUCGGCGAGAGGAAGCUUCCCGUGACCGACCAGGUCCUGCUCAAAUCCGGCUAUGCCUUCGUGGACUUCCCCGACCAGAACUGGGCGAUUAAAGCCAUCGAGACUCUAUCCGGGAAAGUUGAAUUACAUGGGAAAGUGAUCGAGGUCGACUACUCUGUUCCUAAAAAACUAAGGAGUCGGAAGAUUCAGAUCCGGAACAUUCCUCCUCAUCUUCAGUGGGAGGUUUUGGACAGCCUAUUAGCACAGUAUGGUACUGUAGAAAAUGUGGAACAAGUUAACACUGAUACAGAAACAGCAGUGGUGAAUGUGACAUAUUCAACAAAAGAAGAGGCUAAAAUAGCUGUAGAGAAGUUAACAGGACAGACAUUUGAGGAUUACUCCUUUAAAGUGUCUUAUAUUUUGGAUAUGGAUGCUGCUCCACCUCUGCCUGCGACCCGGAAUCGUCGCAGUGAAAGGACAUCACGGGAACAGGACUCGCAGCCCGGGACCUCUGGAGGCUCUCUGGGGCCCCGACAGAAACAGCAAGACUUCCCCCUGCGCAUGCUGGUGUCCACGCAGUUUGUGGGAGCCAUCAUUGGCAAGGAGGGGCUCACAAUCAAAAACAUCACCAAACAGACACAGUCUAAGGUGGACAUCCAUCGUAAGGAGAACACAGGAGCGGCGGAGAAGCCGAUCAGCAUCCACUCCACUCCUGAGGGCUGCUCUGCCGCGUGCCGCAUGAUCAUGGACAUCAUGCAGAAAGAGGCUGAUGACACGAAGGUAACUGAGGAUAUUCCUCUGAAGAUCCUGGCCCACAACAGUCUGGUUGGAAGACUGAUCGGGAAGGAGGGCAGGAACCUGAAGAAGAUUGAAGAGGAGACAGAGACCAAAAUAACCAUCUCCUCUUUACAGGACUUAACUAUUUAUAACCCAGAGAGAACCAUUAUAGUGAAGGGGAGUAUUGAGGCUUGUUGUAGGGCUGAAGUGGAGAUCAUGAGAAAGCUGAGGGAAGCCUAUGAGAAUGACAUUGCUGCUAUUAACCAACAAACCAACCUUAUCCCUGGGUUAAGCCUGAGUGCACUGGGCAUCUUUCCUCCCGCCAACGGCCUGCCCGUUCCUGCCAUGAUGAAUGGAUUGUUUUUGCCUCCGUACAAACCUCAGGCUCCUGAACAGGAGGUGGUCUACCUCUUUAUUCCAACUCAGGCUGUUGGUGCUAUUAUUGGCAAGAAGGGCCAACAUAUUAAACAACUAGCACGAUUCGCAGGAGCCUCUAUUAAGAUCGCACCUGCAGAGAGUCCUGACGUCACUCAGAGGAUGGUCAUCAUCACUGGCCCACCAGAAGCUCAGUUUAAGGCCCAGGGCAGGAUAUUUGGGAAACUGAAAGAAGAGAAUUUCUUUUCUGCAAAAGAGGAAGUGAAGCUGGAGACACAUAUAAAAGUGCCCUCUUCAGCAGCUGGGAGGGUCAUCGGGAAAGGCGGCAAAACAGUUAAUGAGCUGCAGAACCUAACCAGUGCAGAGGUCAUAGUGCCACGGGACCAAACCCCUGAUGAGAAUGACGAGGUCUUUGUCAAAAUUAGUGGGCAUUUCUUUGCCAGCCAGACUGCACAGAGGAAAAUCAGGGAGAUCAUCCAGCAGGUGAAACAACAGGAGCAGAAGCACCAGCAAGGCGCCCCCGUGACACACCAAUCCAAGUGACCAUCAGGGCAGCCCCAGCGGGCACCUGCCAAUGAAUGUAGCCCUCCCAACUGGAAUCAGACCAGACCGGACGAAGGGGACCGGCCGGGCAGACCAGCAGCCAUGGGAUCAAAACCAAAGAACUUCUUUCUGGGGGAGAUGAAGGAGCCACAGACAGAAGGGCUCUGAGUGCACUGCCAGCUUGGGGAGGGAGGGGGGAAGAAAGCGCAAGGAGGACAAGCGUACCUUUUAUUGUUCAAACACACCCUGAGUAUGAGAAGAAUAGGUAUGCGGCGUCUGUUAUCAAGACGGGAAACAUCACGGUCGCCCCACGUAACAAUUUCUUUAUAAACGUCUUAUUUUAGGUUUAAUCUAGGGCUAACACAGAUAAGAAGCUCUAUUAACACGUGUACACUCAUGAAUUUUGACUGAGUUGUGUUGCUGUUUUCUCGGGUAAGUAAAGUGUGGGUGUGCACUAGCAGUUGGCAACCAAGAUUUAUUUAUUUAUUUUUUAUUUUUUUGAUGCCCAGAUUGCGAUUUCAACGGUCAGCAGUAUUCUCACCAGUACACUAGAACAAAUAUACUGUUAUAUCUGAAGCAGAAGCACGAUUCUUCUUGUUUUGCACGAGCCAUCGGGCAUGUAGUGCACAUAUGCGGUUGCGCACGCAUAUAACAUUAUGUUUUUCAGAUUUCUUUGAUGAUGGUACAAGCAAGUU